AUGCAGGACUCCAACGCAGACACCGAGUGGAAAGACAUCUUACGCAAAAGAGGCAUCUUGCCCUCCGAGGGAAGUUUGAAAGAUCUGGAGAAGGAGGCAGAAGAGCGGGUCCUUCAGCAGUCCAUUGUGAAAACGUAUGAAGACAUGACUUUGGAAGAACCGGAGGAUAACGAAGAGGAAUUUAGUGAGGAAGAUGAACGUGUGAUUGAAAAGUACAGGUAGCAGAGACUGGCCGAGUGGAAAGCAACCCAACUGAAGAAUAAAUUUGGAGAAGUUUUGGAAAUCUCAGGAAACGAUUAUGUUCAAGAAGUUAACAGGGCUGGUGAGGGCUUGUGGGUCAUCCUGCACCUUUACAAACAAGGGAUUCCCCUCUGUUCUCUGAUAAAUCAGCACUUCAGUGGACUUGCCAGGAGGUUUCCUGAUGUCAAAUUUAUCAAAGCCAUUUCAACAACCUGCAUACCCAGUUAUCCUGAUAGGAAUCUGCCCACGACAUUUGUGUACCUUGAAGGUGAUAUCAAGGCUGAAUUUAUUGGACGUCUGGUGUUUGGUGGCAUGAACCUGACAAUAGACGAGUUGGAGUGGAAAUUGUCUGAGUCUGGAGCAAUCAAGACAAGCCUGGAGGAAGACCCUAAGAAACUCAUAGAAGAUGUGCUGCUUUCCUCCGUGCAAUACUGCAUCCCCACCAGGAGGGACAGUGAUUCUGAGGAUGACUAA